AGUAUUCCCUUCUGUGUCAUUUGUGUUUUUAUUACCCUUGUUUCUCUCUAAGCUGCUGCAAGAUGGUGCGGUGGGCUUCUUUUCUGCUGGUUUUGGGUCUUCUCUGCGCCCCUUCCACACUGGGACAGGAGGCAGAGGGACAGGGCACAGACCAGGCAUCAGGACAGGCUGGUGGAGCUGGUGGGGCUGGUGCUGGAGGGGCUGAAGUGGAGAAUGAGGAGUGGGGUUUGAAUUCCAUCAGAGGAAGCUUUGAGGCAGUCAGUGGAUACUUUGACUCAAUGCUGGAGUUUAUGGGUGGAAAAGAUGGGGUCUGCCAAUACCGCUGUCGCUAUGGUAAAGAGCCUAUCCCCCGCCCUGAGUUUAAAAUGCCUGAGCCUGAUGGAUGCUCCUCUUAUUUCUUUGGUCUUCCUGUCCCAGAUGGGAUGGACGUGGGGAUCCCGGCCAUGACUAAAUGCUGUAACCAGUUGGAUAUGUGCUAUGACACCUGCGGCUCAAACAAGUAUCGCUGCGACUCCAAGUUUCGCUGGUGCCUCCAUAGCAUCUGCUCAGACCUCAAGAAGAGCCUGGGAUUUGUGUCCAAAGUCGAAGCAUGUGAGACGGUGGCAGACACUCUGUUCAACACUGUGUGGACUCUUGGUUGCAGACCCUACAUGAACAGCCAAAGGGCAGCGUGCUACUGUCCCGGAGAGGAGAGGGAUGAACUGUGAAUUGACUAAUGGACAAAACAAACCUGUCUGACUGUA